AUGGAGGCUCCUCAAAGACUCACACCACCUAUCGAAGAGUUGAGAAACUUUUACGUCGGUAAAGAUCUGAGAAGCAUCCCAUUGCCGGCUGUUGUCUUGGACGUUGCGAAAGUCGAAAGACACUGUCAGUCUAUGUUGAACGCAGCCAUUGCGCUGAGUGUCGACUUUCGAGCCCAUGUGAAGACACACAAAGUUAGUAUCCCGAUACUGAUGCUUGAUCACAAAGCUUGGUUCGUUGAGACUCGGGAGAUAGCUCGACUUCAGGUUGGGGCCGAUUCAAAUGAUGCCAGGUUCAUCGUCUCAACAAUAGCAGAGAUCGAACACCUCCUCCCACUGUUGCGGGAGCUCAGCCAUGCGGGUCGACAAGUGAACGUUCUUUACGGGGUUCCUCUUCUUAAAUCUCAGGUCGAGAGGCUUGGAGGUCUCAUUAGGCAGCUUGGUAAAGAGAGCAUUUCUGUUCUUGUGGACCACCCUUCCCAACUUGAGUUCGUUAGUCGUGUUUGUGACCUUGCUGGAUUACCUGCUGGAGUGUAUCUCAAGGUCGAUACUGGCUACCACCGCGCUGGCUUGCCUCCUGUAUUUCUGAACAAAGACGGGCUGCUGGAGAGACUGGUUCAGCUUCAUACCGAGGGGCGCGCAAGUUUUGAGGGUCUAUACUCUCAUAGCAGUCUCAGCUACCAGGAUUCUACUGCUGACCAGGCUAUGCAAAAUUUGGCCGCGGAAAUUGAAGGCUGUCUUGAAGCCACCAACGCUCAUCACGAAAUUUUGGCCAGCAUUGGGGAAUUCACUAUCAGUGUCGGAGCAUCUCCUCAAGUGAGCUCGGUUGAAAACUUGACAAAAGGUGCAGAGGAAACAGUGGGCGCUCGGCGGCUUCAGAAUGCAAUCAAAAAGGUCCAACAGGUGUCACACAAAAAGCUCAAAACAAAACUUGAGCUUCAUGCGGGCGUUUACUCUGUUCUUGACAUGCAACAAAUGGCCACUUGUGCGAGAACUACACUCGGUAGCUAUGAAAACGAAGUGGCCAUAUCUGUAGUUGCAGAGAUAUGCAGUGUGUACAACAAUGGCGAACGACAGAACCCCGAGGCUCUUGCGGCUGUUGGUACACUAGGCCUGGGAAGAGAACCGUGCCUCUUUUACGAUGGCUGGGGAGUUACGGACUUUUAUGCAUAUCCUGGUUCCGAUAAGAGGCGGAGGCUGGUUGUAACAAGAAUCAGUCAAGAGCAUUCCAUCUUGUCGUGGGAAGCUGGCUCUGAUGACAUAGGGAGCCAGCCUCCUGUUCCAUUUGAAGUCGGCGGGAUAGUCAACAUUUACCCAAACCACGCCUGCGUUACUGGGGCACUCUACGGCUGGUAUCUGGUGGUCGACUCGAACAAAUCAGAUGCAUCCAAGAUUAUAGCCGUUUGGGUCCGGGCAUCAGGGUGGUAA